UUGGGUAAUGAAAAAUAAAUUCCUUUUCUUGUCUUCUUCCCCAAUCCCCUGUUCUUGAGCUCUGUUCUUCUUCUUCCUUCCUUAAUCUCUCAUUUCUUUCCUCCCAAACUUGGAACUAUAGAAUCUGGUUCUAACAUAUAGCUAGAAAUUUCAUAAUGAUUUCUCUUACCUCCACCACCAUGCCACAGUGGCUUCUCAUCCCCCUCGUAGCUCUCCUUCCAUUGAUACUAAUUCUGAAGAGCAAACAAGUGAGGAGAACCAACCUUCCUCCUGGCCCUUCUAAGCUUCCCAUCAUAGGUAACCUGCACCAACUUGGUGAGCUUCCAUUCCGUUCUCUAAGGGAACUGUCCAAGGAAUAUGGUCCAAUCAUGCAAUUACAACUUGGGAGAAUGCCUACGUUAGUUGUCUCAUCUGCUGAAUUGGCAAGUGAGAUCCUGAAGUCUCAUGAUCUUGAAAGUUGCAGUAGACCUGACUUGAAGGGAACUAGGAGGCUCUCAUACAACUUCUUAGACAUUGCUUUUGGGCCUUACACUGAGUACUGGAGAGAGAUGAGGAAGCUCACAGUUCUAGAGCUCUUCAGUGUCAAGAGGGUGCAAUCUUUUCGUUUCAUUAGAGAAGAAGAAGUUUCUGAAAUGAUGAGCUUAAUUUCGAAAUCUUCUUCUUCUGCAACUCCUAUUAAUCUGAAUGAGAUGUUCUUUAACCUAACUGAUGAAAUAAUUUGUAGGGUUGCUUUUGGUAGAAGUUACAAAGGGAGGGGUUUUGAUGAUGGGAGAUUUGGAGAUGCUAUUAAAGAAGCCGUUGCUAUUUUGGGUAGCUUCUCUGCUACCGAUUUUUUCCCUUAUGUAGGGUGGAUCUUGGAUAGGUUCACUGGCCUCCAUGGAAGGCAGGAGAAGUGCUUCCUUGAAUUUGAUCAUUUCUACCAAAACGUGAUUGAUGAACAUCUCAAGAAUGAGAGAGAUGGAUCAGAGCAGGAAGACAUCAUUGAUGUCUUGCUCAAAGUAGGACAAGAUCAAAAAGGUGGAGGUUCUCUCUCCAAUGACCAUAUCAAAGGAAUGCUCAUGAAUAUAUUCUUAGGUGCAGUAGACACUAGCGCUGUUGUGUUAGCAUGGGCAAUGACAGAGCUUGCUAAGAACCCAGAAGUGAUGAUGAAAUUACAGGAUGAGAUUAGAAGCACUGUCAGAAAGAAAGGAAAAGUUGUUGAAGAAGAUAUCGAACAACUUAAAUUCCUCAAAAUGGUGGUAAAGGAGACUCUAAGAUUGCAUUCUCCAAUCCCUCUAUUAAUCCCACGAGAAACCAGGCAACAUUUUACCAUUAAAGGAUAUGACAUUUACCCCAAAACAAGGGUACUAGUGAAUGUAUGGGCAAUCGGUAGAGAUCCAAAAUAUUGGAAUAAACCAGAAGAGUUCAUGCCAGAGAGGUUCAUGGAUAGCUCAAUCGAUUUUAAGGGAACACAUUUUAUGUUACUACCAUUUGGAGCAGGUCGAAGAAUUUGUCCUGGGAUGCACAUGGGUAUUGCAACUGUUGAACUAACACUUGCAAAUCUUAUGUAUGCCUUUGAUUGGGGUCUUCCUAAUGGGAUGAAGAAGGAAGAUAUAGACGUGGAUGAGACAUCAGGUCUUCUUGCUCAUAAGAAAUCUCCUAUUUACCUUGUGCCAAUUGAACAGAAUAUUAACUUAAUUAGUAUUUGAUGGAUUGCCAACCCCCUUUAGUUGGAAUAAGGCUGAGUCGAGUUGAGUAUUUGAUGGACCCUUGACAAGUAUUCGAUUUGCAUUAUUUGACAGCAUAAGUGUUAUAUUUUCACCACCGCCUUUAUUGUACACUAGCUUAUGUGUGUUUUUACUCUUUCAUUGUGUAUCUAACUGACAAAUAAAUAAAUAAAUAAUUGCCUUUUUUUUUUUC